UAUGGAAACCUGUCCUGUCUCACACAGUGGCAGCUGCCUGAGCGUCCAUCUACAACAAAUGUGUAUUAGAUCUCCUCUCUACGCUCCCACCUCUGUAUGUGUAGCAUAGGCAGCAGCACAGUACUUGGGACAACAAAGUAACAGCUCCUGUCCUAGUUAUUCCUUGUAUGACUCCCGUAUGCCUGAUCCUUAUUACUGAAUAUGGUGUGCCCCUUGCCCAAAUUACAUAGUUACUAUCCCAUCCACCAGCCGCUCAUUCACCUCGCUCCCCGGGCAGACUUUCUCUUGUCAGCCUGCCGGAACCUUUCUCACCCGGAACUUCUGUACUCAGACACAGGCGGAUGCAAAAUACACGUAUUUCCGGGCUACUAGUGUGCUUUUCCGGCUGGUUUCCUAGCAACGUUUAGUAACGGGAAAGCCGGAAAAGAGAAGAGACGGCUCGGGAUCAUCUGUCUCCUGUGUCAUGACCCGGGCGGGUAACCUGUGUCUGAGCUCCGCUGGGGCGGUGGUGGCCCUGGCGACCUCCAGCGAUGACCGGCACCGGGCACAGCACAUCAUUGACGGAAAUCCGGAGACUUUCUGGACAACGACCGGAAUGUUCCCUCAGGAAUUCAUCAUUAGCAUGAGCAGCCUGCAGAAGAUUGGCAAAAUCACCAUGGAGAGCUCCUUAAUAAGAAGCUUACGAAUUGAGACAAGCACAUCCAAAGAUCCAGUUAACUUUGAGCAUUGUGUGGAAAGAGAUCUGGAGCACAUGGAAGGACAGUUCCAGAAUGAGGAGAUAACUCUCCCUGGAGUUCAAGCGGUUCACUUGCGCUUUGUGAUCCAGUCUGCAUAUGAUCACUUUGUGGCAGUGCGUAGUGUGUUAGCUGAAAGUGUAAUGUGAAUCACACUAUCACAUCUGGAAGUCAUUGUAUGUCUCAGUCUUCAAAGGAACUAAAAAUUACUGAAAUAAUCAAAUGCAAGAAGGAAAGAAGUUUGGAACUACCAGAUUUAUAUUAUGUACGUGUAAAAAAUGUUUUGUAAUCUAUUUAUUUUAUAUGCAUUUUUUUUAAAUAAAACAAAUCCCAGUU